CAUGGCUUAUCCUGGGCACCCUGGCCACCCUGGGCACCCUGGGCACCCCGGCGCCGGCGGCGGGUAUUACCCGGGUGGGUAUGGAGGGGCCCCGGGAGGGCCUACGUUUCCGGGACAAACGCAGGAUCCGCUGUAUGGUUACUUUGCAGCAGUAGCUGGACAGGAUGGACAAAUAGAUGCUGAUGAAUUGCAGAAAUGCCUGACAGAGUCGGGCAUCGCCGGAGGAUACAAACCUUUUAACCUGGAGACUUGUCGGCUUAUGGUUUCGAUGCUGGAUAGAGAUCUUUCAGGCACCAUGGGUUUCAGUGAAUUUAAGGAACUCUGGUCUGUCCUGAAUGGCUGGAGACAGCACUUCACCAGCUUUGACAGCGACAGGAGUGGCACGGUGGAUCCUCAAGAACUGCAGAAGGCCCUGACAACAAUGGGAUUUCGGUUGAGUCCCCAGGCCGUGAAUUCAAUUGCAAAACGAUACAGCACCAAUGGGAAGAUCACCUUUGAUGACUACAUCGCCUGCUGUGUCAAGCUGCGAGCCCUGACAGACCACUUUCGAAGACGGGAUACUUCUCAGCAAGGUGUUGUGAAUUUCCCCUAUGAUGAUUUCAUCCAGUGUGUCAUGAGUAUUUAAAUCCAGAGGAAGCUGUGUGAACGGGAUCGACAUUCCAGCGGGAGCGCUCGCUCUUCGCUUGCCUUCAGUGACGCGUGUAAACUUGCUUCACCGCUUUUCCUUAACAGCUGUUGUAAAGGUUUAUUACUUUAUGUACAUCUGGAGUUUUUGUUUUCAGUUUAGAUAAUAAAUUCUUUGGAAUUUUAUUAAUA